UGAUUCACUAAACAAGUUAAUUUGAAUUGGUCGUUCGUCGAAGUUUUGCGUCCUUCAAUUUAAUCGAAGGUUAGCACAGAAUUGUUGCUGGCAUUAUCUCUUUGAAUUGUAUAAAGACUCUGACGCAAUAAUAAAGUUGUGCUGUUCUGAUUGUCUGGUGCAUUAUUGAUCAUUGAACUUGCACGACGAAUUUUCGUUCGGAGCGACAGAAUAGCCUGUUCUGUUGGAUAUUGUGAUUAAACAAUCAAAAUAAAAUAGCAAUUUUAUCGAAAGAAUUUGUGGAAUACUGAUGCUCAGGGAAUGUUCCUUAAUUAAUUAACUUUUUUACGUGAUCUUCAUAGGAAGGAUAUAUUUCUACACACACACACACACACAGGCAUUGUGUAUCAUCAUUGUUGUUGAUACCGUGUAUUCUUUAUCUAAGAAAGAAAAAUGAAUGACUCUUUCUUAGAAGAUUUGGGCCUGCUUCCUCCUACAAAUACUAAAAGUAAUACUAUCCCGGUAGAUAGACAUAUAACAACCAGGACUGCUACUUCUACUCCACUGCACCAACUGCAUUCACCUAAAGGAGACACUUUGAAUCAAAUGAUCGAGCAGCCUACAUUUUCAGAGAAGCAGUCGGUUCUGAAAGAGUACUCGGUAAGGGAGACCAAAAAGAUAUUAGAACAAGAUGCUAAAAAGCAACAGACAAAAGUUAGGAUAUCCGAGAAGAGAGAUAAAAUAGCCAGUGAUACUAAACUGAAGCCCAUUGAGAAUAAAGUAAAGUCCGAUGAGAAAGAAAUUAAAGACGAUAUCAGAACGAAGAUUAGAGAGACAAAGGUGAGAAUUGCAGAGAGUAAAACUGCGAGUAAAGAUAGAAUGAGACGUUCUGGUAGCUGCAAGGAGAGCAAUCAAGCGUGGGAUAUGUGUGCUAAAGAGAACAGACCUUCGGAUGGUUCGAAAGGAAGCAGUUCUCAGGUAGAAAUUGCUAAAGAGAAAGCAAAGAGUCACGAAUCUUCGAACAAGUCUGAUGUCAAGGGAAUUAAUCCUGAUGCGCUGCUAGAUGCCAUCAAGGACAUUGUAAGCACGCAUACCAAACAGGAGAGCUCCAAAAUCCUGAGAUUCAUGCAAGAGCUGCACUUUCAUUCUCAGGCGAACCUAAUUAAGAAUAUCCUAGUUCAGACGGAUGAGAUAACUAAUGAAAUACGUCCCAGUAAAGAAUCUAGUACAGUAAGAAGCCUAAUGGAACAAAAUGAGAGACUAAAGGAAGAUAUUGUCUUUCUACAGAAACAAAAUGCGGAGCUGCAGAAAAAGUUGGAAGAGUUGGAUCAUCUUAAGCAGGAGAACCUUACGCUGAAGCUGAAGUGUAAGGAGCUAUUUAAAUAAUUGCAGCGAAGCUUAUUUGCCCCUAGAGGUCCCUAGGGCAGUCAUAGGUGCUUAGGAACUUGUUGAAGAGAUGAUCCAUUCCAUUCUAUUGCCAGCACAUGUUUUACCAACACAGUACUUUCUAAAACUGUUACGUAUUAAGUGAUAUUUAAGUAUACCGAGAUUAAUAAAAGAUUCUAUUUUUUACUAAUAUUUUUAGUCAUUAGAAAUGCAUUGCCCAUCUUUAAGAUUCGCGUCCUCGAAUGGUCGAGCUUGCGUUCGUUUGUGGUUGAUAUAUUUAUUGAGGAAAUUUGUAACGAUCGUUUUCUGUACGAAACUGUUGAAUAAAAUUCUUUAUAUCGACAGCA